AUGUCCGCCAAGGCCAUUCAAUACCUGCUACCCUUCACUUUCAUCUUCGCCAUCUAUGCCAUCGCUAUAUUUGGGAAGCAGAAUGGCUUCUUGGGCAUGCUCGAUCAGAACGUUGAAAAUGGCACGCUGCCUGAAACGGACGAGCGCUUGAGAACAACCUUCACUGGUGUGCAUGCGGUGGACCAUCUACUUACUACGUUGGUCUCCUUCUUCUGGCCAGUCGUCGAUGGCAGUUCGCCCAGCCUGUCGCUACACGGCUUGAAUUUCGCUGGGGCCCUUGGUGCAUUGUGGGUGUUGAUUCUGCUGGAGUCGUUCCGGCCCGGGAAUAAAGCCCGUUUGGUGUUGUACCCCGUUAUAUUCGGCCUGCUCUUCCAGCUGAUAACAUUGGGCAUCGCCAUCCCCAUAUACGCCGCUCUACACCUCUACACAUCAAGGACACUCUCCAACCCAACCCGCCAGACCGUCACUAUCCGCCCCUCCUCCCUCACAGGCGUGAAACUCAUUCCAUUUAGCGUAACACUGGGCUACCUUCUCCCGUCCAUUUUCCUUACACUCCCCGAAAGCACUUGGCUCCCUCUCCAAUCGACACAAGAACGCAUCGCCUUCUGGCAGCCCUGGCCCAUCUGGGUAUGGCUCAUCCACUCCGCAACCACCAGGAUCACAACCGCAUUGCUCCGCUCCAACAGAGCCCUAUCUGCCAAGCAGACCCUCUCCACCCUCCGGUGCGUCUACGCUUUCGCCUUCGCCCUUGCCGCUGUAUCGCACAUCGCCACAUGGUCUCUGUCUUUCACCACAAUGAUUUUUCCUAUCUUGUUUGCGCGCGACUUCGCAGCCGCUUUGCACCCUGCGCGCGUAUUUUUGAACACUAUGCCCUGGUCGGGCGCGCGGGCCAAGUCGUGUGGUGAGAGUGUGCUCUGGAUUCUGCAGUGGGAUCAGCUGCUAGGGACCGGUUGUCUACUGCUUUGGGCUAUUUCUCUGUAUGUGGCGGCGCAUCAGGCUCGAAAGCUCAGUGUUGGAUGUAUAGGGCUGGGGGUUAAGGUGGCUUGGCUGUGUGCUGUUUCUGGCGUGGCUGGCGCCGUGGUGGAGCUGAUGUGGGAGAGGGAUGAGUUGGUGCUUCAGGGGCAGCCGGAGGAGCAGGGAGCGCAGAGUGAGCCUGGAAAAUCCAACAAAAGGUGA